CAGGCACACGAAAAAAAAGGUCUUGUCCACCAGACGAGAUACACAUUUCUAUACAUUUUUGGGGUCGCUGAAUCCGAAUCCGGGGUUGGUUUGACUCGGUCAGGUCGCAUUUCGUUCCUAACCUCAAAAAAAUGAUGAAAGUUGGAACAUUCAUGAAAACACCCAGAAAGCAAAGCGAUUGUAUGUUUUCAGGGUCGCUGAGUCCAAAUUUGAAGGUCAUUUGACUCGGCGAGGUCGCAUUCCAUUCAUAACCUUAAAAAAUGAAUUAAAACACUGAAAACUGUUCUCGACAUAAAUUGUUUGUAUUCAGCGCCCGGUACAUAGAACUUGUUAGCCAUUCUUCGAGCAUGGCUAUCAGUCUGCAGCACAAAAUCCUGCUGCCUUGACAGAUACUGUGACGAUGACAACUGCCCCGAAAGGGGAUGUGUAGAAUGAUUCGUUCUCAGAUUUGUUGAGGUAACGAAGCCAGCGAAGGCGCGCUGCCUUGCAGGUGGACGUGAGGGUGUGAGGAUGAAGCCGUAGUGUGUCCGACGACGAGUUGACCUAGUCCUCGUCAAAGUCGGAAAGCUCUCAUACUUAGGCCUAGGGAGGUAUGAGAGUUAUCACCCCUAGGACGGUAGACUCACCUGCGGUCGGACCAGGAUCCCUCACGCGCGGGUUUUUCUCAACACAUAUGGCACCUUCAAACAAAAAAUUUCUAGUUUCUCUUUCGAAACAUACAUGCAACAAAGACACUGAUGCUUUUUGCUACAUAUGUAGCAAAUACCAGCCCCCAACAGAUCGAAGAAUAAUUUCUGUGAAAAUUGAAAAUAUUUAUCAGGAAUGUUUUGGCUUAAAAUAACGUACAAAAAAUGGAUGCCACACAAAAUAUGUGCAGCUUGUUCUAAGAUGUUACAUCGUUGGAAUUCAAGCAGACAUUCUAAGGACAUGAAAUAUAACAAACCUACGUUGUGGAAAGAGCCAUUGCAUCAAAAGGAUUGUUACUUUUGUAUGAAUGACGUCACAGGUUUCACUAGAAAAAAUAAGCAAAGCUUUGUUUAUACCAAUGUCAAAACAGUAGAAAAACCAGAAAGAUCGUGCUGUAAUGAGAGAAAUUCUGAUAAUUUUGAAAAUAAAAAUUAUCUAAAAGUAAGAAAUGAUUCCGAUGAAGUAGACGAAUCGAGGAAAAACAUUGAAUCCGAAGAAGAAAAUGAUUCCGAUGAAUAUAGUGAUGAAUUGGAGCAUCACGAAAAUGACGACGAUUACAUCCCAGGUAGAGGCAAGGAUAAAGUUUUCCAAGUUACGUUGCAGGAGAAACUGAAUGACUUGGUAAGAGAUAUAGGGCUACCAAAAGAUGGUGCAGAACUUCUUACGUCGUUUAUGAAAAAAAAGAACUACCUAGCAAAAGAUGUUAAAGUUGAUUAUUUCCGAAACAGAGAAGAAAAAUUUAGAAAAUACUUCACGAAAAUAGACGACCCAUCGCUGGUGUAUUGUAACGAUGUGCAAGGGUUAAUGGAUGAACUGAAACCAGGUGUUUACAAGGAUGAGGAGUGGAGACUUUUUAUUGAUUCUUCUAAAAGAAGUCUCAAGGGAGUAUUACUUCACAACACGAAUAAGUUCACUCCUAUACCGAUAGCUCAUUCAAGGAGACUCACCAAAAUCUUGAAUUUGUUUUGAAAAAGAUCAAGUAUUCAGAAUUUAAUUGGAAAAUUUACGGGGACUUGAAAAUUUUAGGUUUGGUAUUAGGGCAACAAACAGGCUUUACAAAAAAUCCAUGUUUUUUUGUGUUUGUGGAAUAGUAGGGAUAGAAAGAAUCACUAUACUCGCAAAGAAUGGCCAACGAGAAUUUCAUUCAAGCCAGGUUUGCAAAAUAUUAAGCAAACCCCGUUAGUCGAUCCAGACAGAGUACUUCUACCUCCUCUCC